CUAUGAACAUUCAUAAAGAUAAACAACUAACAAAUUCUAACUUGUUUUUCUUCCGAUUAUUUGCAGUCCAAGCAGUUUUCUUUCGCGUAUGAUCGAUUUUGCACCAUUGCACCUAUCAAUUCAUUGUUUAAUAUCAUCAUAAGGUUUUAAGUUUUACAAACUGAAAAUGUCGCUUUAUCCAAGCUUAGAGGAUAUGAAAAUCGACCAGCUCAUGAAAGCCCAACAUAGUUUGGUGCAAACAGUUUCUAACAACGUUGGAUAUCAAAAUAUACCAAAUACUAGUAAUAUGAAUAAUACCUCCUCACCCACUCAUCUUGCUAAUGUUUAUCCAGCACUGAAAGAUUUUAUGGGCUUAGAUCUUUCAUCAGAAAUAAUUGCACUAAAUAUGCCAGAACACAGUCAACCAACUUCGGAAUUGCAGAACUUCAAUCCUGCAACCGGAAAAACGUUCAAUAAUUUAAUUGCACCUCUUUCUGGCCAAAGCUUGGGUCUCCAGAAAGCUCAGGUAACUCACGGCAUCCGUCAAUUGAUUCUUUGCAAAGAUAAACAUGGUAAAGUUGGACUUCGCGUCAAGGCAAUAGACAAUGGAAUAUUUGUGACCCUAGUUAUAGACAAAUCACCUGCUGCCCUUGCUGGUUUGAGAUUUGGGGACCAAAUUCUCGAAAUCAACGGAAUUGGCCUUGCUGGUUAUACAAUGGAUAAGGUUCAUGAUCUUUUGAAAAAGAGUCCAGUGAAUGGCAUUUCUGUGGUAGUGCGUGACCGUCCUUUUGAGCGUACCAUUACCCUUCAGAAAGAUAGUGCUGGUCUUUUGGGUUUCCAAUUCAAAAAUGGGAAAAUAAUUACGAUAGUCAAGGAUUCUUCCGCUGCACGAAAUGGUGUAUUGAUUAACCACCAACUCUUAGAAAUUGAUGGUCAAAAUGUUGUUGGUCUGAAAGAUAAGGAAACUGCUAAAAUAAUUGAUGAAUGCCAGAGAACAGUAACAAUUACUGUCAUGCCAAGCUUCAUUUAUGACCACAUGAUUAAAAGAAUGGCAGGUUCUCUUUUGAAGGAUCUAAUGGACCAUUCAAUUCCGAAUUUAUAAUUUGAUCUUCACUGUCUAUUUUUGACCAUAUGUACUAUGUAUUACUAACUAUUAUGGCCCAAUAAGAUUUUGCAAUAUACUUAUAGCUUUAUCUGAAUAUAUCACAGACGUUAUCUUUGAUCUAAUAUAUAUUAUAUUCAUUUUGUUAUUACAUAAUUAGUAUUCUUGUUGCCAUGGAACAAGAAUGAAUAAGUUAUUUAUCACUUUUCGAAAUGUUAUCUUUGAUCAUUGCUUGUGAGAUUAAUACUUUGUUUAUUUUGAUUUUAUUAAUUAUAGUAUCUCACAAUGACAUGUGCCACACUUAUUAUUAAUCUGUCAAAGUGAUAAGUAUUUUGUACUGUGAAUUUUAUAUAUUUUUUUUUUCAUGAAAUUAGUGAAUUAACUGAUUUCAGUAGUUACAAAUAUUUCAAAACAAAGCGGCUUCUGAAUUGAAGACCAAACAGAAAAUAUUGCCAGUCAUUUCCGAUAAGCUUGAAAAUAAUAAGUGGCUGUGAGGAGAAAAUCUUGAAGUUUAUACAGACGUGGGAAAAAACAGUUUUCUGAAGUUAUUUGAAAAAACCUACUAUAUAAAUCUUUAUAGGACUAGAUAUAUUCUUUUAUAUUUGAGAUUUAUUAUGUAUUCUUUAGCAAAUCAAAUAUAUUCUAUACCUAUUA